UUCGUUUACUGCGUUCUCUCCUUAGGGUGCAAAAGUUUUUAGAGGGUGGUGGGGUGUAUGGUGCAUUACGUCACACCUCCCCUGUUUGCCCCCCUCUCUCUUACUUAUUAAUUCUGACGAACCCUCGGCUGGGUGUCGGUCGCUCGGUCCGAUCGAGACUGUCAACUCGCAGUGUCAAAAUCGAACUGGUGGACUUUUGAGUGUUCUCGCGCAAACUAGGCGUUCAAUUCUGGCGUUUAAGUGCUCGGUGAGUCCCGAUCGGAAGAUUUAGUGACGACAAUUCGGGCAUGAGUGCUUCUCUGUGGGUCCGCAGCGCCUCAACGCCUUGAUUGAUUCUGGCCCUCUUGCAUUGUGUGUUCCUCCCUAGUCAGAUACUUUGUUGUUGCCUCGGCAAUAUGCACUGAUUCAUCGCUCUCGGCCUCAAGAACCGCACCUACAUACGAUCGUCUUGAGGAUUUCUUCGUUGCAGCGCCGCUUUCGGGGGCCCUCGAGCUCUUCGACUAUAUCCGCACGAAGUGUUGCGUCUCCUGCGAACUUCCUCUAUGAGAAAAGAUAGGGCAGCCCCUGAAGGUGGGCAUACCCGCUGCUGCGUUCAGUAACAGCCCUUUUCUUUGUUACGAUGGGUUCAAAGACGGCGAUCGACACUAAUCGACCUUCUACACCUCCAUGGCUCUGAUGAGAAGGUUGCUCGAAGACGCACAGGGUGGUCAAAAGUGCGUUCUGUAAAUGACUGGACGGGAGUGGGACGAGACUAACCAGUUUACUGUUGAACAAAUCUCUACAGUGCAAAGACAACACAGGCAAAAUUCCGCAGGAUGGUGGAUGAAAACAAGACACUUGCCUCGCGCAUCGAUGGCACCCUGCAGGCCACCCAGCAGGACGCAAACGUGGUUCGGGCCGAUCUGGCAGAUGCAAAUCGUCGCCUCGAAGAUCUGGCCGUUGCUCCUAGCAGCAGCGAAGACUCCUCCUCACUCGGCUCGGCUGAAAACCAGCAGCCACCGAAAAUCCCACCUAGUCCUCCGCCAAGACUGCAUGUUCCAGUGGUGACUGCAGCUGCGAACGCCGUUCAGGAGCAGUCGGAACCGGUCGCAGGAUGCAGCACGGCUUCCACUGCUGCAAUGGAGACAGACCCUGGAGAGGGAAGCAGCAUUUGUGGCAAUGAAAGUGAAUUGCAAGCAGAAAAUGAUCGUCUUAAACGCGAAAUCGCUGAGCUGAAAUGUUUGCUCGGGCCUGAGGCUCUGGCACUCAGCGCUGAGCUGGAAAGUACAAGGGACGCGCUUGCUGCUGUGAAAGCCGAAAGGAAGAAACUAAAGUCUGAGAAAUUUGACCUGCUGAACCAAAUGAAACAACUUUACAGCACUCUCGAUGACAAGGAGACGGAGCUGCGCGAUUUCAUUAGAAAUUAUGAGCAGAUGAGGGACACAGAGGUUUCGACACAGCAGCUGGCUGCCGAGAGAGAGGAGCGAGAACGAGAGCGGUGGACACUUCUUAGGCAUGCCAGGGACGAGGCAGAGAGAAGCCUGGCUUUGGCAGCUCAACUGACCGCCAGGGAGACUCAAAUUCAACAGCUGCAGGAACAUAUCCUAGAGAUCAAAAAAGCUACUGGCUACAUGACUGAACAAGACUGCCUGGUGAAUGGUUUGAGGACACCGACCAGCAGCGGCCUUUUGAGCAGUGUUGGCGUCACCAGCUUAGUGGGCACAGGGUUGCCCGGCGAUCGGGGCAGCAGUGCCGAUUCCGGAGUCCGAGGCAGCUCGGACAGAGAAAGCGGUGCUACGUCGGCAGGAGGUGGAAAUCUUUCAGACUCAAAUACAGACGUCACCUCAUGGUCUCUUGGCCUCACAGGCACUCCGACAAUCACUGUGGAGACGGGAGGGGGUGGAAACAUCGACAUGGACUCAAUAUCGGUUGUGUCGUCCAUCAUCGGACAACACACCUACCACUCUGCAGCUUCUCCUAAAGAGAGUCCUACUUUAUCACCAAUGAACGCAAAUCCAUUUGCGGCAUUGAUUCAGGACAACUCGAUUCUGUCCAGAGUGCUGUCUCGGGGGUCUUGCAGAUCUGUUGAGCAGUUGCAGGAUUCAUCAGAACCACCAAUAACAGGCCGAAGAAAAGGCACCGGCAGAUUGGGCAGGGGCGGCACGUGGGGAAGCAUUUCCAGGGUUUUUGCGCGAAGCAGGCACCGAAAGAUGACCAGUCCUAGUCACGAUGGCAAUGCUGUCGAUCCGUCAUAUCGAAGUUGGUCACCGUUAACUGAGGAAGGCUAUGCUGAAAAGCUUCGUCUGUUGCGCGAAGCGUCAUCUAUCCCAAUGGAGCGGUGGAGAGCGCCAACCGUGCUUGCCUGGCUGGAGAUUGCCCUGGGGAUGCCGCAGUAUGGACCCAGGUGCUCUGAGAAUGUGAAAAGCGGCAAGGUGCUGCUUGAGCUGAGUGACGUAGAGCUCGAGGUUGGCUUGGGAAUCACGCAUCACAUGCACAGGAAAAAACUUCGACUGGCGAUUGAGCAGCAUCGCCAUCCCUCAUUGGUGCGGUAUCCUUGCAUGGCUCAGUUGGGCCAUGCAUGGGUGUCCAGUGAGUGGCUUCCUGAUUUGGGUCUUUCACAGUACUCUGAGAAUUUUGCUACCAACAUGGUUGACGCCAGAAUGUUGGAUCACCUAAGCAAGAAAGAGUUGGAAAAGUUCCUCGGUGUGACUAGAAAAUUCCAUCAAGCCUCAAUUGUUCAUGGAAUUCAUUUGCUCAGAAUGAUGAGAUAUGACAGACAAGCCCUGGCUGUUCGAAGGCACCAGUGUGAAAAUGUUGACGCUGAUCCGAUUGUGUGGACAAAUCAACGCUUCAUCCGGUGGGCCAGGAACAUUGAUCUGAAUGAAUACGCCGAAAAUAUCAAGGACAGCGGUGUCCAUGGAGCACUAGUGGUGCUGGAGCCCUCAUUUAAUGGAGAAACAAUGGCCUCGGCUUUGGGCAUUCCCCAAUCAAAGAACAUAAUUCGGCGGCACUUGACAACUGAAUUGGAGGCGCUUGUUCAUCCAGCAAGAGCUGCUGUUGAGCAAAACGUAAAACUAAGCAAGCUCGAGCGGCGCCGUUACGAGAAACUCAUGAGCGGCGGCAGUCUAGGAAGAAGUUUCUCACGCUCGUAUGCCGGCAGUCUGCAGAAUCAACACCACCAGGAAGGAGCCGCAAUGGUCGAGACUAGUGGAGGCGAGUCGGCCGCUGAAAAGGACCGCAGCACCAGGAAUAGUUUGCGAGGAUCCCUGAGCAGAGCGCUUGGCUUGCGGGUGAAACAGGAGAUGCAGCGGCAGCACCACCAGCUGUACCAUCACUACGAAGCCGCCUCACCGGAGAGUUCGUUGGCCUCGCCAACGUCCGAGGCGCCGUCCUUUGUCGGCGAGCAGUUGCAUGGCAUUCCAGCGUCAUCGUCAUCAACCUCCUCAGGGUCUGCCCGUCAGCAGCAGCACCGCAGGGUCAGGUCCAUUGGCGACAUAGAGGCGGUCAGUCCCGUGACACCAGUGUGACCCUCACCUUUGGGCUCUCAAAGUCCGAAUGAUGAUUUUGAGCCUCUACGAGAAUCUAUUGUUUAAUGAAAAGGAAACCGGUCGAUGGCUGUGUCACAAUAAUUCAUUGGUGCAAGCAGUGAAUUCAGUUCUGCGGUUUGCUGAAGAGCAGAUUAUUGACUAUACAAGGAAAGUUUUUUAGUUUUUUUACGCAGUUUGCAUUUUACACAUCGAGUCCUUUUACUUUUCCUAUCCAUUUAUUUAGAAAACGUUUUCCUAUAUAUUCAUUAAUUUAAUCCUUAAUAAUAAUUCAAAUGGAAAUAAUAUUUAUUGAAUAUUUUUCACAUUCUUCAAUACAUCAAGUUGUUGACAAAUAUAAAAUAUAUUAACCAAAAUAUACUCCAAUUAUGAUCUCUCUGACCUGACCAACUAGUUAAACCUGCAUCUUGUGGUUAUCGCGCAGAUGUGUAUAUUAUUCUAGGGAUAAUUACUGACACAAAGAGCAUUGCAUUCCUACAUUCCACGCGUAUACUUACGACUCAAGAAAUCGUUAAGUGCAUAUAUUAUGCUCAAAAUCUAAUCAUUAGUACACUCUCUCUUGUCAUCACAGAUCUCGGUAAAGGUGCCAUGUUUGAAAUUCAAUAGAAGGCAGACUAUACAAUCAUGCAAAAUUGUUAAAUAAAAAUAAUAAAAAGUAAUAAUUAAUAUGCGUCACUUUGAUGGUGCAUAUAUUAUUAAGUGUGUUUGACGAUUUUACGAAAUUAUAAUGCUCUGUAUCCUGUAAAAAAUCACGAAAAAUCCGUACUGUUGGAGUAGUUUCUGUGACGUGUGCUUGAGUGAAUCGGAAAAAUUAAGUACCGGUGAAAAUAUCAUUGCACAUUUUGUAAUAUAGAUUGAACAAAUUUUAUGCGCUCAUGUGCAGUAGAACUGGUCAAUAAAACAAGUGUAAUUGGAUUGUAUUAUAUCGGCAAAUAAAUAACUAUCUCACAACUGUGCAGUAG